AUGACUGUUCGUCUAGUCACUUUCGACAUUCUACAUACACUGAUUACUCCUCGCAUGCCGAUUCAUGUUCAAUAUGCCAUGGCAUUUAAGCCUUAUCUGGGCGACGUUGAUCCAAAUUCCAUCAAAGGCUCUUUUAAAAUAGCAUUGAAGGCUCUACAAAUCGAGGAGCCUGCAUAUAAACAGGGAAGUCAGAGCUGGUGGACAGACGUUAUUAGGAGGACUGCACUGGGGGCUGGGGUUAAUCCUCAAGCGCAUGAAUCUGCAGUUCUGGACGCGUCGCUGGGGAACAUUGUUCCCAAUUUAAUGAAGGUGUUCAGCUCGAAAGAAGGGUACAGGGAAUUCGAAGACACGCUUCCUACUCUUCACGCUCUCCAUAAACGUCAGAUUUAUACUGCAGUAAUCAGUAAUUCGGACUCUCGAAGUCGCUCUGUUCUCACUGAUCUCGAGCUCCCCGACUACAUGAUACCGAUUGUACUGAGCGAGGAAGAGGGCAUCGAGAAGCCAGCGAAAGAAAUCUUCUUGCGUACAUUGGAGCGCGUGAAUUCCAUUCGAGGAGAGCGUAUUCGGCCAGAACAGUGUGUACAUGUUGGAGAUGAGCUUGACGCAGAUUACUACGGUGCAGUGGGAGCCGGGAUGAGAGCACUUCUCCUUAGGCGCACAGGACCAGAAUCGAAACAAGACGAGGAUCUAAAUGGUGUCAAGGUCAUCCGACGGUUGGAUGAAAUUUUGCAUUAUACCGAGCAAUCCGCUGUGUCCCGGAGAUAG